AUGGAGAAGUUAUUAGUGUUUACUUGCAUGUCUUCUGAGGCAGCACUUGUAAUGUAUAAAACCGCCAAAAAGCAUAAGCUUUCUCAUCCAAGAUUGCCACUAUGCCAUGAAGAUGAGAGAUCAGCCUUGCUGCAAUUCAAGCAUAGCUUUGACAUCAAGAAGUUUGCUUCUGGCAAUCCUUCUGCUUAUCCAAAGAUCAAGUCAUGGAAGCUUGAUGCAAAUGCUAGCGAUUACUGCUCGUGGGAUGGCGUGGAGUGUGACCAUGAUACCGGUCCUGUGAUUGGUCUCGACCUCAGUAGCAGCUUCCUCUAUGGUUCUAUCAACUCCAACAGCAGCCUCUUCAGUCUUGUUCACCUUCGGAGGCUAAACCUUGCUGACAAUCACUUCAAUUAUUCUCAAAUUCCAACCGGAAUUGGAAAUCUUUCAAGACUAAAGAGUCUCAACCUAUAUAAUUCUUAUUUUUCAGGUCAGAUCCCUUCAGAGAUCUCCUCUCUUUCCCAAUUUACUUUCCUUAAUCUGUCUCGGUACUUUGAACCCGUGCAUGCCACUCAUGUGUAUCUUUUGAAACUUGAAAAACCUAGUUUGAGAGACCUAAUCCAAAACCUAACCAACCUGAAAGUACUAGACCUCAAUGUGGUGAACGUAUCUUCUACAGUGCCAGGUGCUUUAUUGACUACGACCUCUCUGACACAUCUUAAUCUUGGAAAUUGUUUGCUUUACGGUGAAUUCCCAAUGGGCAUUUUUCAUCUACCAAACUUACGGGUUUUACGCGUGUCGGUCAAUGAAAACCUAUUUGGUUACCUUCCAGAAUUUUCGUAUGGUAGUCCAUUUGAGGAAUUGAAGAUUUGGAAAACAAAAUUUUUCCAGAUUGCUUCCAAAUUCCAUUGGGAACCUUCAUUCCUUGAAGGAGUUACAUUUAGGAGAGUCCAAUUUUUAUGGGACACUUCCAAGCUCGCUUGGCAAUCUGGCCCAACUCACGUUUCUGGAUGUUGUCGGAAGCAAUUUUUGGGGACAGGUCCCUUCAUCAAUAGCAAACUUAUCCAAACUCACUGUCUUAGGACUCGGCCAUUAUUUCAUGGUGCCAUUGAGAAUCCUAAAACCAAUUUGAAGUUUCCGAAGUUGCAGAUCAUUGACCUCUCUCACAAUGGUUUCUCUGGUACAUUGCCGUCAGAGUACUUCCAAAACUGA